GUAUGAUUUAGAAAGGAAACUUCAAAAUGGUAUGCUGGGAUUUGUUAUACUAUGCAGUUGGCGGUGCAGCAGUUGGUGCCGGCGCAAUUUUUGCAGCGCCUAUGGUGCUCACUGUUGCUGGCUUCACCAGUUCAGGAAUUGCUGCUGGGUCUAUUGCCGCGUCAAUGCAAGGAGCUGCAGUGACUAGUGGAAGCUUGUUUGCGGCUGCGCAGUCAGUAAGCGUCGUGGGGGUUUCAACGAUGGCCGAGGUUGCGGCUGUCGCAGUUGGUUCUCUUGCUGGAACUGCUGUUGGCUGCUUAAACGACGCUUGCAAUAUCGAAAAUGAAUAAGUUAACAACGACAUUGCAAUCAAAAUGACAUCAGUGAUUGAAGAAAUAUUCAGGACUGGUCCUUAUUUUACUCAUCUUUGAUCAGACUUUGAUUGUCCUGACGAAUAAUAAAAUAGAAACGUGUUGACACAAUAGUUUGCUUAACGGGAGAAUUUGUUUCAUUCAAAUCGUAGCCAAAUUUUAAAGCAAAAUAUACGAGGCAAAAUGAAACCCAGAAAUGAUACACAUGUUUUGAUUACUUUUUGAUUAACAAUUUACCUCCUCAUUUAAAAAAAACUAACUUGGGCUGUUGAGAAUUUUGAAUCAAUUAUUUUUCAGACAAGUUGCAGUUUUGUUCAGUUUGUCCUGAUAAUUAGAAUCAGCAUUUGGUUGUUCAAUGGAUUGGAUCUUCCAACAUCAUCUCCUCGAAGAAGUUUUUUCUUAAAAGUUUACUGCUAAGUACAAUUUUAAAUGUUAAACAUAUACGCAUUUUGCAUUUUGUACCGAAUGAAUGUCUUCUCCCGUCUGCAAUAAGGUGAAAAAGAUUUGCAUAACCCAACUAAUUGUAGAUUAGUUUGUCUCACUGUAAUUACCGCGCUACCACGCCAUCUAGAAAAUUGUUAUCAUAAAAUGAUAUAGACGUUUGUUUUGAAAGCUGCAAUUUAAAUUCCUUAAAACUGAGCUUUUCUAAAAUCAGGCUAAUUACAAAAAUUAUUGUCAUCAAUUGAUCGUUAUAAAACAUUUUACUCCAAUUUAAUUGCAAAACAAAAGAUUUUUUUCUGCCGUUUUCAUCUAAUUUCACGCUCUGUAAAUAUGUUCAAUUUCAAGUUAGUUCAAGUUACUAAAAAAAUGGAUUUUAAAUCUUACGAAAUCCAAAACCCGUAUGAUCCCGGAAAAAAUGUGCGAAGAAAAUGUGUAUGCAUGUGUUGUGAGAAAUUAUAAAAGAGUUAUUUGACUGAAGUUGGUAUUAAUAUAAAAUUGUCAGAGUUUGGUUGUCAAGUGAUAAAUUACCCCGAAAUUAAUUCAAAUUGAAGUUUCUCAACAUGA